AUGUUAGCGGUGGGGACAACGAAAAAGCCCGUCAUUGAUGAGACAACUCUGAAAAAGACAUCAAGGAGAGCCGCAGCCGACGUGAAGAACCAAGUACGGACCAAAGAGACCAACAACAGCGGAAGUUUCGACGUCAAACUAUCUGUACACGUGCUCUAUUGGUUUUUAUCGAGAAAAAGAAAAGGUUGCGCUCGGCGGAGGCUCGAUUUUCUAGAUGUCGUUGGAGUGGCAAACAAACUUCAGACUCUUGUAAAAGCAAGAAAAGGUUUGGCCUAG